AUGGCACCUUCCAUUCCAAUCGUGCCAGGGGUGCUGGCCUUGUUGCUGGGUGCACAAGGUAUUAAAAAACGCUCGCUGUCACCAUCAGGUGGAAUAACCGCGUUUGUGGUCGGGUUUCUAAUGAUGUCCGUGCCGCUUAGAGGAUUUGGUGUUUCCCUCAUUGUGUUUUAUCUGACUGGAUCGAAAGUCACCAAAGUCGGCAAACAAAUCAAAGGAAAACUCGAAGAGGGACAUGAAGUGAAUGGAUAUAGGUCUGGGUGGCAGGUCCUGUCCAAUUCGUUUACAGCACUUGUCGCCAGUUGCCUCUGGGGCGCGCUGUUUGCACCUGAAUCCAUCCACGCAUAUCUGAUUGGCCCAUUCGUUUAUUCAUGGAGCCGGAUUGACCUCAAUAUGGAAAAGUUCUGCCCUAUAGAUCCGUAUGUUGGAGGGGGGUGGAGUCGGGCAUUGGUACUAGUGGUUCUAGCUCACUUUGCUUGCUGCUUGGGCGACACUAUGGCAUCUGAGCUCGGAAUUUUGUCCAAAACAGCCCCUCGCCUAAUCACCACAUUUUCCGUGGUCCCUCCUGGAACUAACGGGGCAAUGUCGCGUACUGGGACAUUGGCCUCAUUGGUUGGUGGGGUGAUAAUGGGUGUGGCUAUGAUUAUCAGCCUCCUUAUUGAGAGUCCGGCGUGUAGGGGUAAAAUUGGUACUCUCAUCUAUACCCUUGUCCUGACUGGCGCUCUCAGUGGGGUUGGAGGAUCAGCGCUUGAUUCGCUACUCGGAGCCACAAUCCAGCGCACUGAGUUCUCUGGAGUGUCGAACAGCAUCAUUACGGAUGAAACCAAGUCCAGAUCUCGUCAGGCCGGCGAGGUGAAAGUGAUAUCUGGCCGAGACGUCUUGACCAAUAACCAGGUUAAUGUGAUUAGUUCAAUUAUUACUGGUGUGAUUGUAGGAUGGCUGGCUUGA